AUGGCCAGCGACUCCGGGGGUCCGUCUGGACCCCUAGGAAGACCCCCUGAUAUACCAAAAAGGUACAAAUACUUAGACACAGGUCCAUACCUAGUAAUCGUAGAAGGAACAGAUAAGAAUAACAUUGGAGCUUUCCACCCCAUUGCGGUUGGAAGAACACUCCGUAUUAAGGGAAUUCAAGGCAUCAAGGCCGUUUCUAGAAAAGGUUCAAACAGAAUAAGUAUAGAGUUCAUAACCUCCAAAUAUUCCAACGAAUUUCUGGACAACGAUAAACUCAAAGAAGAAAGCAAAUGGGAAAGCUACAUACCAGCAUCGCUAGUCACCUCAAGAAGAAUAAUUAGAGGUAUAGACCUGAGCACUAGCAUGGAAGAAAUCAAAAACUUCGGAAAAGCUUCUACCAAAAUUCUAGACGCAAGGAGACUGAAUCGCAGGAUCGCCAAUCAACAAACCGUAGAAUAUGUACCAAGUGAAACUGAACUGAUCACAUUUGAAGGCAAAAAUAUACCGAAUACAGUAAGUAUCAAUUAUUACGAAUCCAGGGUUAAGGUAUAUGUAGGACCCGUACUACAAUGCUUUAACUGCCUCAGAUACGGUCAUUCUAGCAAACAAUGCAGAAGCCACAUCAGAUGCAGCAGGUGCGGAGAAGAACAUGAGGCGACCAAUUGCCAAAAAGACAUAAAAUGCAUAUUUUGCAAGCUAGAACAUCUAGCUACUGAUAGGAAACAGUGCGCUGAAUUCGAAAGGCAAAAACAAAUCAAGGAAAUCAUGUGCUACGAAAACCUGUCUUAUUACGAAGCUUCCAAAAGGGAACAACAAAAAAAAAAUGCCACAAUCGACCAAAAACAACUUCAUCACAGUAAACGAAAGAAGACAGAAUACAGGGACCAGAAAGAGACAGGCAUCCUCACCACCGAUAUUAAACUACAACAAGGAAGCACAUAUAGAAUGUCUGUUUCCACCACCAUGCAGAACCUCCACUACACCAAUUCUAAACACAAACGCGUAUCAAAGAAACCUAAACAUACAACGCUCACCACAGAACAAAUAGACAAAGUAAUUGAUGAAACACAAAGCAUAGAAUUCGAAAAGAUCGACGACAAAACAAAUGAAAACAUGGCUACGAGCCCCAUCCCAUCGGAGGAUUGGUCCACAUUCUGA